AUGACAACGAUAGCAACCAAUCUUGAUCAUUUACCAGUCGAGACUGGAACUUUGUCAACAAACGAGAAUCGUACUCAAGAAUUGUCUAAUAAUAUCACUUCGUCGAUAAUUACAAAUAUUGAAUUUCCAAGUCUACACCAACAACAACAAUCUAAUGAUGAUAAAUCACUAUUAAGAAAUGCUUGGGGUACAUAUUUCUACAAGGCUGAUAAACAACGUGAUUGGAAACAAAAUGUCAUCUACAUAACAUCCAUCAAUUAUGUGGAAGAUUUCUGGUCAUUUUACACACAUACAUAUGGUCUCAGAGAUCUGACUAAUGGAUCUGAUUAUAUGCUUUUCAAGGUAAAGUUUCCAAUCAAUAAAGGCAGAUGA